GCGCCUCGCUCGGCCGCUCCCCGCGCUAAGAAACGCCCGCGAUUGGCUCAACCGCCUUCGCGCGCUCCGAUUGGCCGGUUGAGCCGUUGACAGUUGAGGCUUCGAAAGCGCCGCGGCGGGAGGAGGAGUCACCUCUCCGAGCCCGCCCGCCUCCUAUUGGCUCUCCGCCGCGUAAGCCCCGCCUUUUCCUCGCAGCCCCGCCCCUUUCCGCAUGGCGGGCGCUUGGCCGCAGCUCCGCGGUGUCCCCUGAGGAGCCGGUCCUGCCAUGGCCCCGCACCCCGAGGAGCUGCGCUGGUACCAGAUCCCCCUCUCCUCCGCUCGCAUCCCCCGCUCGGGUCUCUUCAGCUUCGGCUUCCAGGACAGUCUCCAGCGCUACCAGCAGCUCCGCGCCCACAAGAACCUCCCUGUGGGCCGCCCCGUGGCUGGGCCGCCCCCCGGCCUGCUGGAGCCGUGGCCCCCAAGCCCCGCGCACAGCCCCCCCCGGGGCUUCUGCCGCCCGCGGGGAGCUAGAGGGGUGCGAGCCCCCUGGCGCCCCAAGAAGUCUCCUGGCACCAAGAAGCGGGUGAGCAGAGCCCGGCGGCCACCCAGCCCCGCUCAGCCCCAGCCCCACCGGCAGGAUGUGACCAGCUCCCCACCGUCCCCGGUGACAUCAGACAGCUCCGGGGUCAUCCCAACGCUGCCAGAGGUGGCUGCGGGGUCCCCAGGGGGUGACAGUGACCGAGAGCAGCGUGCCAUGGGCGGCAGGAGCUCAUGGGGAAACUCGCCGGGCACGGUGAGGGACAGGGUGUCCCUCACAGACAGCGAGGACGAUGAGGAGCUGAUCCCACUGAGGGACAUGCUGCUGGCGGGGUACACGUCCCCAAGCCCCCCCAGACACCAGCAGGUGAUGUCCCCGUGGCCAGAUCCGCUCGCCAACAGCCUGGAUGCGCCAUUCCAGGAGCAGAGGGAGCAGGACCAGGUGGCCGCGCUGGUGCAGCAACGUGCAGAUGACACCAGUUCCCCGGAGUCCCUGGACGAGGACACCGAGCUGUCCGAGGAGCACCGGGACAUCCUGGCCCGUUUCGCCGUGAAGCCGCGGUUCAUCCCCACGGUGCACCCUGGGGAACCCGUUUUCUGCGCCCGCCCGGUGCUGCUGCCCCUGCUGGACACGCGUGGGCUGGAGUCACGGAACAACCUGGAGGCGCUUUUCUUCUGUGAAUCGCCCGCCUGGCAGGUGGCGUUUGUCCGCAAUGGGUGCUUGAGCCUGCUGUACAACUGCCUGCCCACCUGCCCGCCGCCCGUCCUGCGCUGGCUCUUCCAGCUGAUGACGCUCUGCCCCGACACCACCAACGCUGCCCAGACACUGUGUGAUAUCUGGCUGAGCACCAAGGGCGAGCGCUGGUGCCCCACGGUGCAGGAGAUCAGUGAAGCAUUCACCCAGCUCGGUGCUGACCUGACUCCCCUCCUGCCCCCCGAGCUGCACCCCACGGAUGGGAGGAGCCUGGAGCCAUCCUGCUCCCUGAGACCAGCAAGCCCUGGUGCCACCGACACACUGGCCCUGGUGACACAGCUCGGUGCCAUCUGCAAGUUCCUGGCGCUGUGCGUGGUCACCCAGCCGUGUCACUACCCUGACGGCGCCCGCCUGUCCCUCGUCACCCUCCUGUCCUUCCUGGGCCUGGACCGGGCGCUGCGCUGCCAGCCGCUGCCCGAGGUGCAGGUUCUCCUGCACUACCUGCUCCAGGGCAUCCACGACUGGCAUCAGCAGCUGCCUGCGCUCUGCCGGGACCUGUGCCAGCUUUCUCGCCACCACCACAACCUGGUUGCGCUCACGCAGCUGCUGCCGGAUCUCACGGGCAGGGACAGGGAGCUUCGCCGGCACCUGAGCCUUCACGCCAUGGCCCAGCUGCUGGGGGAGCCACCAGGUGUGGUGCCACCCCCCGAGGCGCACGCAGAGCUGCAGGUGCUGUGCCGGUUCCUGGUGCUGGCACGACCAGAUGCCCUGCGAAGCCUCAUGCUCUCCGGGGGUCUGGAGGAGCCCGCGGACCCUGACUGGGAGGCUUGUUACCUGAGUUACAGCCUCCUCCUCCUCGCCAGCAACGUGGUGGGCACUGAGCAGCCGCCGGCCAAGCAGCGGGGUCACCUGGAGCUGCUCUGUGCCAGGCUGGACCAGCUUUUCGGGAGGGGCCUGCGUGAGAGCACCCAGCUCCUCUUUCGCACCCAGCUCAAGGGCUUGGCCAUUCUCCUUUACGUCAAGUGGCAGGAGAUGCUGGCGCAGGGCGGGGGUCCCUGACCCUGUCCCCACUCCCUGUCCCGGGGCGUCCCAGGCACCCUCGGGUGCCCCAGGGUACCCCCUGAACCCAAUAAACACCUGUAGAUCCUCCUGCGCCUGUGUGUUUUUG